AUGUUGGUCAAGAACGGUAUAAAAGCUGGUUUUUGCACUCGAUUCUUGGUGCCACGCAGAGCAUUCACCGCUACAGCCAAAAUGGGUCAGGAAUUGCCAUUAAAAGUCACAGUUAAAAUCCCAACGGGUACCGAAUACCAGCAACCUACUGGUUUGUUCAUCAACAACGAGUUUGUCCGUCCUAAACAGAAAAAGACUUUUGAAGUCAUCUCGCCAGUCAACGAAGAGAAGAUCACCGACGUUUACGAGGCACUCGAAGAAGAUGUCGAUGUGGCUGUAGAUGCUGCUCGUGAAGCGUACAAGUCCUGGUCGUCCGUCACACCUGACACCAGAGCCCGCGUCUUGUACAAGUUGGCCGAUUUGAUCGAGGAGAAUGCCCAAUUGUUGGCUGAGAUUGAGACUUUUGAUAAUGGUAAAUCGCUUCAAAACUCCAAGGGCGACGUUGCUUUGACCGCGGCAUAUUUUAGAUCUUGUGCUGGAUGGACCGAUAAGAUCUUGGGCAACUUGAUCAACACCGGCGAGGGCUACUUGAACUAUACUCAAAGAGUUCCAUUAAUUUGCGGUCAGAUCAUCCCAUGGAAUUUCCCAAUCUUGAUGUUGUCGUGGAAAUUGGGUCCCGUCUUGGCCUCUGGCUCGACUACUGUUUUGAAAUCCGCUGAGUCUACUCCAUUGUCGGCUUUGUACAUUGCCAAGUUAUUAGUCGAAGCAGGUAUGCCAAAGGGUGUCAUUAACAUUAUUUCCGGUUUCGGCAAGACUGCUGGUAUGGCCAUUGCCUCGCACCCCAAGUUGGAAAAAGUCGCAUUCACUGGUUCGACAGGUGUUGGUAAAUUGAUCAUGAAGGCCGCUGCCGAGUCCAACUUGAAAAAAGUCACUUUGGAGUUGGGUGGCAAAUCUCCAAAUAUUGUUUUUGAUGAUGCUCACCUUGAAAACACCGUGCAAAAUUUAGUCAAUGCAAUCUUUUACAACUCAGGUGAGGUGUGCUGCGCUGGUUCGCGUGUUUUGAUCCAAUCGGGAAUCUACGACACAAUCUUGGCUAAAUUCAAGGAAGCUGCCGAGAACCUCAAAGUUGGUAAUCCAUUUGACCCCGAAACUUUUAUGGGUGCUCAAGUCUCUGAAGGUCAAUUGUCCAAGAUUUUAAACUACAUUGAGAUUGGAGAGAAAGAAGGUGCGAAAUUGGUUACUGGUGGAAAGAGGAAAGACGGUAAAGGUUUCUUCCUCGAACCAACUAUUUUCACUGACGUUAAGGAACACCACAGGAUUCAAGAGGAAGAAAUUUUUGGUCCUGUUGUCACUGUGAUUAAAUUUGACACCGUCGAAGAGGCGAUUGCUUUGGCUAAUGACUCAGAUUACGGUCUUGCUGCCGGUAUCCACACCACCAACGUCAACACCGCCAUCCAUGUGGCUAACAAAGUCAAUGCAGGAACCAUUUGGGUCAACACGUACAACGAUUUCAACCCCAUGGUGCCAUUCGGCGGCUUCCACUCCUCUGGUAUCGGUAGAGAAAUGGGUGAAGAAGUCUUUCACGAAUAUACUCAGUGUAAAGCUGUUAGACUCAAGUUGCUCCUUCCACAGUAG